AUGGACAUAAUAGUAGGAGCGAGGUUGACAACAACAGUGGUGGUGGUUGCGGCAAUGAUGGUGGUAGUGGCAGUUGUGGUUAUGGUGGCAGUGAUGGCGGUUGUGGUAAUAAUGCAUGGUUGUGGUGUUGGCGAUGGCUGCAUCGAUGGUGGUAACAAUGGUGGCAGUGGUGGUAGUGGUGGUGGCAGUGAUGGUGGCGGUGGAGGGAGCCCGCAGAUAUAUUUCGAAAACCCUAAACCCCCUUUCCACUCUGCUCCGCCUCUCUUCCCGCCACCUCCACCGCCUCCGCCACCAAAGCGUUCUCUUCUCUCCAUCAGGUUGUUCAAAUUGCUAAAAUAUCUUAAUGCGAAGUAA